AGCAACAUCUGGAGUUGUAACAUACGGCUAUAAAAUAUUUACUCCACUCUUCGUCUUCAUCUUCAGCUCCAGCUUCAUCAUCAGCUUCUCAGUUUCUAGAUCAACUUUUCUGCACUGUCAUCUCAUCUCUUACCACUGAACUGCAAGCAGCCAGCAACUCUCUCUCUCUCUCUCUCUCUCUCUCUCUCGUACUGUGGCGGCUUCUAGAGCAAUAAGAAGCCCCAAACAAAAAUCCUUUUCUCUUCAAGCUUCAUAGCCUGCCGCAAAAGAGGGAAAAAAAAGAGACAAGAAGUUGCUUUCUGUAUUGAUUAUGGAGAAAAUCUGCCGGUCAGCCACAGCAACUAACUCAACUUCUUCCUCCUCUGCCACCGCCACCACCUCUGAGGCCGCCGUCAACAGUUUCAGCUCCGAUAAUAGCAAUAGUAGCAAUAUCGGCAGCGCGCCAUCGGCGACCAACUACAGCUCCAACUACAUAGCCAACUCCUUCCGUGUCCUCAACAAGUCUUCUUAUAAGAUUUCGAAGCCCAUCUGCAAAAACCCUAACCCUAGCCCUAAUCUUAUCCGUCCUCCUCCGCCUCCGUCUUCCGGCAUCAGCUCCGUAUGCGGAAGCACUGGCCCGCAGCAGCAGCAAUCCCAACCUCCCGUCUACAACAUCGACAAAAACGACUUCCGUGACGUCGUCCAGAAGCUCACCGGCUCGCCGGCGCACCUUUCCAACCGUCCUUCCCCGCCGCCGCCGCCUCCGCCUGCCGUGAUGGCGACAUCUCCACCGCAGCAGCAGCCUCGCGCCUCAGCCGCUCCCCAGCCCCUUUCCCGUCUCCACCGUAUUCGCCCCCCUCCACUAGCGCAGCUUCUUCCUCACCAUCCUCCCCCGAUUCCGGCUGCGCCUCCUCUCGUCGGUGAUGGUUGGGUGCGGCCUCCGCUCUCUCCGCUGCCCCCAUUUCCGACGGUAAGCAUGGCGGCGGAGUCGCCGAUCUCCGCGUACAUGCGACGCCUUCACAGUGGGCAGCCUCUGCUUGCACCGUCACCACCAGGAGUGGCGCAGCCACAGCUGCUUCCAUUGUCGCCGCUUUCUUUUGGCUGUGCUCCAUCACCUCAGACGGCUGCUUAUUACCAGUUAAUGUUAGCGCCCUCUUUACAUUUUCCGACCUCGCCGGGCAUGCCGAUACCAAGCCCCAAAUAAAGGAUGUAUUAGGUUCGAAAUCUCUCCAUCUCUGCACGGUAAGGUAAGCUGCGUCUGCACUGGAGAUCCACACAGGUUUUUACUCUUGUAAAACAAACAGUUAUUUAUGGUAUAAUUUUUCUCAUUAGUUCUGUAUAUAUGAACUUAUCAGGCCAAUCAGCACAUGUUUUGCUUAAAAGUUGCUGUUUUUUUGUAAAUCGACCUUUUAAUUACAGCUUUAGAUACAACGCCAUUAAGAUAUUA